AUGGCGUCCAGAUACUUGCAGGUGUACGAGACACAUGUGACAGAGGCGCAGUCGUACUUGUUGUUGCUGUUGGGGUCCACUUUGUUUGUGGACAAGAGCAGAGACAGGGUUCGGUUGGUGGUGAACCUAUUUUUUGACGAGUUGGAGGAGGUAGAUCAGUACAGUUGGGCGUCAGCUACACUUACUUGGUUGUACAGAUAG